AUGGAGCCUGCAGAUAUUCCAGAAGCUGCAGAACUUCUUGCUACUGCUAAAGAAGCUUUAAUAGCGCGUAAAUAUCAAAUCGAGUUAUGGGAAAAAGCAAAAAAGGACAAUGUCAUUGCGGUGUUGGAGACCGGAAGUGGCAAGACUUUCAUAGCCGUUCUCCUAAUAAAAGAGAUUGCGGCCGAAGAACGACAGCUGAGGAGAAUAAGAAGAGAGACAAAACUCACCUUUUUUCUGGUGAAUCUGGUACCGCUUGUUUUUCAACAAUCAAAAGUCAUUGAAUCAAAUUGUGAUUUGAAAAUAAAGCAUUUCUGCGGUGAAAUGGGAGUAGAUUUGUGGAAAGACAAACAUUGGCAAAAGUACUUUGGAGAGUUCGACGUGCUAGUUAUGACUGCUCAAAUCUUUUUGAAUAUUUUACGCCACGGAUUUAUUUCGAUGAAUCGAGUUAAUUUGCUGGUUUUUGACGAAUGCCAUCACGCUGCAAAAAGACAUCCAUACAAUCUAAUAAUGAGAGAGUUCUUUGAUCGAUGUCCCGAAAAAGACAGACCCAAAAUAUUCGGAAUGACAGCUUCUCCUGUGAAAGCUCGCACUGGUAUUCAUGCAGCUAGUACUCUUGAACGUAAUCUACACUCAAAGGUAUUCACAGCAAGUAAUACUGACGAAUUACGUCGUUUUGUCAAUCGCCCUGAAGAAUUUUCGAUCACUUAUGAUGUACCACACGAGUAUCAACAGACAGAGCUCUACUCGACGUUAUGGAAAGAAUGUCAGGGAAUAGAAAAGUUUGAGAAAGCUUUUUCGAGUGCAGAACAGAUACUUUCUGUGCUUGGGCCUUGGUGUUCCGAUCGUACGUGGAAGUAUAUUUUAGACGAGAUAAACGAGAAGAAAGAAGGAACAUUGGAUCCUAAAGAGUAUGAUCACGAUCUACUUGCGGAAGAAGAACGCCUAGUGCAAAGAGCGUUGAUGAUAUUCGAAAAAUGGGAUUUCGGACCACCGAAACUUGAUCCAAGUAUUCUCUCGCCGAAGGUUAUAAAAUUGAUUCAGAUAUUGGAUUGUUUUCGAGAGAUUAAGGACGAGUUUUGUGGAAUUGUAUUCGUGGAACGUCGGCAUACGGCAAAUGUCUUGGAUCUUGUGAUUCGUGAGAUUGGGACGUUGGAUUUUAUUAAAACCGGAAUACUUGUAGGUCAUGGAACAAAUGAAUCGGGUGAUCUUCAGAUGAGAUACAGGCAACAAAACAGGGUAAUCAAUGCUUUCAAAAAUGGAGACCUCAAUUUACUUAUUGCUACUAAUGUAGCUGAAGAAGGUUUAGACAUUCAACCUUGCAAUGUUGUCAUUCGAUUUGAUUUCUUUAAUACACUCCGAGCCUACAUUCAGUCCAGAGGAAGAGCUCGACGCAAGGAUUCAAAGUAUAUUGUGAUGAUUGAAAAAGGAAAUACCAAAGAGCUGGGUUUACUACAAGAAAUGCAUGAUUCCGAAGAAGAAAUGAAAAAAUGGUGCGAAAUGCUUCCAGAAGACCGUAAAGUAACGGCAGGAGCUCUUUUAAGUUAUGAAUCUGCUGUUUCACUGUUAUAUUAUUAUUGUUCUAGUCUACCAGCCGAUAAUUUUUCCGGCACUUUGCAACCAGAAUUUAUCAGCAAGCGUGAAUGUGGUGGCUAUGUUUGUACAUUGAACUUACCUAGUAACUCCCCUGUUAGAACCGUGGUUAGCGAAGUUUUUCGUAAUUUUGGUAUGGCCAAGAAAUCGGCAGCCUUCAAUGCAUGUAUAGCAUUGUACGAGAAGAAGGCAUUAAAUGAUAACUUGCUACCUUCUGUGGAAUAUGAUGAAAAAGACCACGAAAUGAUGAAGCAUGUAGAUGAGCAUGGUCUUGUGGAAGGUGCGAGGAAAUCUAAAAGAGAUUAUCGUCUAAAAUCUCCUGAACUAUGGGCUUUAGAAGAAAAUCCUCAAGUUCCUGAGGAACUUUAUGCAACUAUCUUGAAAUUGGAUCUUGAAGAUGAGAAAUUAGAUGGGUAUCCUUAUCGCACAUUGUGUUUAUUGACCAGAAAUCAAUUCCCCGAUUUGCCUGAUAUCACGCUUUGGUUCCACAGUGUUGCGGUAAAUCUAAAAAUUCUCCCUUAUUCAGAAAAGAUCAAAAUGGACAAAGAAAGGGUAGAUUUAGUUUUAAAGUUCACCUUGCGUGCCUUUACCUCAAUCAUCAACAAAGAGUUUCAAUGUGAACUUGAGAAAUUCACUUAUCUGAUUGCACCACUAGUUCGCAAUGCUCCCAUUAACGAGGACACUCUAAAGUACAUCGACUGGGAUGCAAUCGAUAUAGCAGUAAAUCUCAAACAUCUACCAGUUGAUCUCGAUAAUAUAAGCGAGUUGGAAGAUGCCGUAAUCAUUGAUUACGCAGAUAAUUUACGACGAUAUUUUGUUCAAUCUAUUCGAUAUGAUAUGAAUCCUUUGGCUCCCCUUCCAGAAGGCAUGGUACUUCGUGAAACCGGCUGUGAAAACUUUGCUCAAUAUUACAAAAAGUCAUUCGAACUUGAUCUUGAGCAUCCAGAACAACCAUUGAUUCAAGUACGCAAAAUCUCCAAAGUCAUGAACUUUUUACAACCUGUUCUCGGAGCUCUUCCGAUUGAAAAAGGAAAAACCGCAACCUUUAUUAUUCCCGAAUUCAGCAAACAAUAUCCGAUUAGAGCAUCUGUAUUCCGUUCUGCCAUGCUGCUACCAUCAAUAUUUACAAGAUUUGACUCGCUUCUUCUUGCGAGGGAAUUGAGACUUCGUUUCGAAUUACCUGUAAGAGAUGACUUGCUCCUUGUAGCAUUGUCUACUCCAUCAGCAAAUAUGGAAAUGAACUAUGAACGCCUCGAAACUUUGGGUGAUUCUUUCUUGAAAUUCUCUGUAACCAUACAACUUUAUGUCAUGUUUCCUGACAAACACGAAGGUCAACUGCAUUGCCAACGUAUUCAUAUUAUCUGUAAUAAAAAUCUAUAUCGUAGUGCGAAAAAAUUGCAUCUUUACGAAUACAUUACUUCUUUGCCAUUCAACCGGCGUGCGUGGCGACCAGCAAAUAUACUUGCGUCGAUUGACGAUCCGGAAAUGCUUGAGAAACAAAAAAUGCAUGAACUAGCUGAUAAGACUCUUGCCGAUGUGGUUGAAGCUUUAUUAGGCGCUGCCUAUCUCAGUGGUAAAGCCGAAGCAGCUUUGAAGGUCGCAAUUGCUAUGGAAAUCCCAUUUGAAGGAAUUACCACCUGGUCGCAAUUCCAUCAAAAUAACAAAAAUCCGCCUCGUGCCAACCCAAAAUCUCUUAAAGGCCUAAACAUUGAAAAGAUUGAACAAAUUUGUGGUGGGCAUGUUUUCCGAAAUAAGAUUCUGAUUGCCGAGGCUUUGACUCAUGCUAGUCUGCCGAAUUCGUCAACAGCAUGUUAUCAACGUCUCGAAUUUUUGGGUGACGCUAUUUUAGACUUUAUGACUGUAAAAUAUUUAUUUGAGAAAUAUCCCGACGGAUCCCCGGGAAUGAUUACUGACCUUAAAGAUGCCUCCGUAAACAACCAUAUUCUUGGAGCUAUUUGUGAAAUUAUGGGAUUGCAUAAACACAUCAUUCACUUUUCACCAAAGCUUAUGUCUGGUAUCACCGAUUUCUGCAAUGUCGUGAAUGAUAUGAGGGCUAAAGGCGAAGCUGUCGGUGAAUAUUGGAGUGAUAUCGAAGUGCCUAAAGUUCUUAGUGAUGUAGUUGAAAGUAUGUUAGGAGCGGCCUUCGUUGAUUCCGGUUUUGAUAUUACGGUCAUACAAAACAUGUUCGACAAAUGUAUUAGGCCAGUUCUUAGUACUCACGUAACUCCUGAUACUUUGAAAGUUCAUCCUGUGAAGAAAUUAACAGAAUAUGUGCAAAAAGAGGGAUGCACCAUGUUACUGUUGAGAAAUCACACUGACGAAAAUAGUCUCGACAAUGAUUCACAACAUUGCACGAUUUUCAUUCAUGAUUUACGCGUCGCGUCUGCAUCAUCAAACAAUAUCCGGACUUCGCGAAAAAUGGCCGCUCAACAAGUUCUGGAUAAAAUUGAAGCAAAUCCUGGAUACUUCGAAUCAGUGUGCACAUGCUGUUUACCUAGCGAUGACAAACUCCUAAACCCUGAUGAAGAUGAUGAAGUGUUGAUCGAUUGA